AUGAAGGCGGUUUUGCUGUACAUGAUGAUAAAAUGGUCAGCAAACGAGCUGACGAAUUACCUGAUGGGCUGUAUAAGCCUUUAUAACAUAAAUAAAACAGUGCUGGAGAGCCAAGCUUUGGAUCGAAUGGGUCGACUCAAGCAGAGUGAUACCACGGUCUCACAGAAAACCGGCGUGAAACCACCACGGUCUUGUGUUUCCUAUCUCGUGAUAGUCUUUAGAGUACCAACGACGAUUAUGUUCCAUUUUGAUAGCGCAGCAACCUUCCAGGCGUUGGGGAUCGAGCAAAGAUGUCCAACCACCGAAAACGCGACUCUGCAGUCGGCAAGCAAGGGUAGCACGUUGCCCGACCAGAACCAGCCCCGAGCGUACAGCGCGUAG